AUGCAGACGGAGGCGCGCGUGGGCGUCGUCGUCGUCGACGGCGGCGGCAGCCGCGCAGGCGCAGCCGUGGGCCGCUGCCAGGAGCAGUGCCACAUCGGCACGGCGGCGCACCUCGCCGCCGGAGGGUUCGCGGGCGCCGUCAGCAAGACGUGCACCGCGCCCCUCGCGCGGCUCACCAUCCUCUUCCAGGUUGCUGGUAUGCAUUCAGAUGUUGCGACUAUAAGGAAGUAUAGCAUAUGGCGUGAGGCUUCACGAAUUUUUCGAGAAGAAGGGUUUGGAGCCUUUUGGAAAGGAAAUCUAGUGACAAUUGUACACCGCUUACCUUAUUCUGCCAUCAGCUUCUAUUCAUACGAGCGCUACAAAAAUCUUCUCCAAACGGUUCCUGGCUUGGAUAGAGACUCAAAUAGUGUUGGUGUUGUACGUUCGCUUGGUGGUGGUUUGGCGGGAAUAACUGCUGCAUCUUUAACUUACCCGUUGGAUGUUGUCCGUACUCGUUUGGCGACACAGAAAACAACUCGGUAUUACAAGGGCAUCUUCCAUGCGGUGUCUACAAUUUGUAGAGAUGAGGGUGUCAAAGGAUUGUACAAAGGCCUUGGGGCCACAUUGUUGGGAGUUGGACCUAGCAUAGCAAUCAGCUUUUCUGUCUAUGAAUCACUGAGGUCUCAUUGGCAAAUGGAAAGGCCCCAUGAUUCAACUGCAGUUGUUAGCUUGUUUUCUGGGAGUCUAUCUGGUAUUGCAUCAUCGACAGCCACAUUUCCCCUUGAUCUUGUAAAACGGCAGAUGCAACUUCAAGGAGCAGCUGGGACAGCGUCUGUCCAGAAAUCAACCAUAACUGGAACUAUCCGUGAUAUCUUGCAGAGGGAAGGUCUGCGUGGCUUCUACAGAGGUAUUGCACCUGAGUACCUCAAGGUUGUUCCUAGUGUUGGAAUUGCCUUCAUGACAUAUGAGACAUUGAAGAGCUUGCUCUCCAGCAUUGAUACGGAUGAUGAGAGCUGA